GUCAGCGGCAUAUAACGUGCGAGGCUGCAUUUACUCCCUUACUCUCGGCUUUUCUCCCUCUCCGCUUGCGCAAUGUAUUCAUGAAGAAAACCGUAAAGUGUUAAAUGUUUGAAAUACAAAACCGCCGAAUUUCACAUGCUGAAAAAGGACUCCGCUACUCGUGCGCGCGGCACUGGUGUGUCUGUGCAAUAGACUCUGCAAAGAAAAACUACUCUCACACGCUUGCAAGUCCGCGGCUGCAAAAGGGACGCUGAAAACCUAUUUUUUUAUUUCUUUUUUUUUUUUUUUUUUUUUUUGAGUUUCAAGACAAACGCUUAAAAAUCAAACUGGCUCACGUUCUUCCUAACCAACCCAGUUUGACAGCUGCUCUUCAGCCCAUUUGGAGGACUGUCAGCAGCAAGAGGAUGGCAUCAGAGCUGGCAAUGAGCAACUCCGACCUGCCCACCAGUCCCCUGGCCAUGGAAUAUGUUAAUGACUUCGAUCUGAUGAAGUUUGAAGUGAAAAAGGAGCCGGUGGAGCCCGAUCGCAACAUCAGCCAGUGCAGUCGCCUUAUCGCCGGGGGAUCCUUGUCUUCCACCCCGAUGAGCACGCCUUGCAGCUCGGUGCCCCCUUCCCCAAGCUUCUCGGCGCCCAGUCCGGGCUCGGGGAGCGAGCAGAAGACACACAUAGAGGAUUUCUACUGGAUGUCCGGUUAUCAACAGCAGUUGAAUCCAGAGGCGCUGGGCUUCAGCCCCGAAGACGCGGUCGAGGCGCUGAUCAACAGCAGUCACCAGCUCCAGUCCUUCGAUGGCUAUGCCAGGAGCCAGCAGUUUGCUGGCGCAGCCGGAGCAGGAGGCACCAUGGCCGGGGAAGAGAUGGGGUCUGCCGCGGCGGUGGUGUCGGCAGUUAUCGCUGCGGCAGCCGCUCAGAACGGAGCGCAGCACCACCACCACCACCAUCACCACCACAGCAGCAGCCACCACCAGGCACCUGGCGUCCAGAACAACGGCACUGGGACAAAUCACCCACACAUGCGCUUGGAGGAGCGGUUUUCAGACGAGCAGCUGGUGACCAUGUCAGUGCGGGAGCUCAACCGGCAGCUACGGGGGGUCAGCAAGGAAGAAGUGAUCAGAUUGAAACAGAAGAGGAGGACCCUAAAGAACAGAGGCUACGCUCAGUCCUGCCGGUUCAAGCGGGUCCAGCAGCGGCACGUCCUGGAGGGAGAGAAGACGCAACUCAUGCAGCAGGUCGACCACCUAAAGCAGGAGAUCUCCAGGCUGGUCCGGGAGAGGGACGCGUACAAAGAAAAGUAUGAGAAGCUCAUCAGCAACGGCUUCAGAGAAAAUGGAUCCAGCAGUGACAACAACCCUUCAUCCCCGGAGUUUUUCAUGUCAUCGAGAAAAUUCCUCCAUCUGUGAUUUUCAAGCCCCAUUCCUCCGUGCCCUUGGCUUCCUGAGAUAACCAGAUAACGGCUGAGCAGCAAUGACUUCAGAGCGGCUGACCAAUCGCACGAAGGCACCUACAAAGCACAACAUUCAAAAAUGACUUCACUGAAGAGCGAAAGACAAGACCCGCUGAAAUCCCUCAAAAUCCCUACAGUGAAAUUCUUGAAAGCCUCUUACUACUCCCGUUUCCCUCCCUGAUAUUUUACCUCCCGCUUUUUUCUACAAAACACAAAAAAAGACAAAAAAAAAAAGAAACUAAACAGACAGACAGACUCAUACUCAUGAGAUGGUUGACAACGUCAGGCAUUGGAAGGACUAUUUUCUCUUUGGUGGGAAGAUCACUGAUGCAUGCUUCUGUAAAUAGAUCAUAAUAAAACCCUAUUCUUAUUCCUAACAUAGGAAGCAUACCAAGUCGCUUUCACCAACUUCAUAAACCUUCAAGACUGUGGAUAGAGUACUCAUGGUUCAAUAUUUUCCAUAUAAAGUCAGUAUUCUUCUUACCUCCUCAGAGAUCAUGUAAUUAUCAUUUCCCAUUUCAUUUCUCCACUCUUUGGAGUUAGCUGGACUGUAAAAAUUGUACUUCCUAUUCUUCUUAUUCUCUUUACAAAACGGCCUAGUCUUCCUCUCCAAUAUUCAAACUAGUACAUGUAAAUAGAGAUGAAUGAAAGACAACAGCAUGGAACAGACUAUAGUGUAUAUUUACCACUCCCCGCGUAGGUCACACAUCUCAGUAUGUGGAUAUUUCAGACAACCUUUUUAAAGUUUAAAAUACUUGAACUUGUUUUCUCAUAGUUAAAGACAUAGUCCCAGGUAUCUGGACAUUUUCCUGUGUAUUUGAAUAGAUGCAUAAAGUCGGUAGCUAUAGGUAUUGUUUAUUAUUUGACUACCUUGCAAGGAUUAUAAGGCAGCAAUUAUU